AUGGGAUCGAAAUCCUCACCGUCCGAUAUCAUCAAUCUCAAACUAAUUCUUGUUAGUGGCAGAACAGCUGAAUUUCAAUUUCGACCAACAACAACUGCAUCUGAUGUAGCUAAACAUGUAUUUGAAAACUGGCCUGAAGAUUGGGGAAAUGAACAAAGAGUUGAUCGUUAUGAAGUAUUAAGAUUAAUCUAUCAAGGACGAUUUCUUCAUGGCAAUGUCACAUUAGGAGCACUUCGUCUUCAGCAAGGCAAAACAACUGUGAUGCAUCUUGUUCCACGUGAAAAUCUCCCUGAAUCAACCAAUGGCGAUCAAAAACGUAAACAUAAACAUGACGCGAAUCAAGAGCGAACAGCUGAUCACUCCCAGAAUGCAACAUCACCGCAUCGAUCAGACGCAACAAGUCCAAAUUCAUCCACACCCGGGUGCUGUGAAGGAUGUGUAAUCUUCUAA